AUGUAUAUAUAUUAUACUCAAUCACAUCUUAUACCUACUAAAAUUGAACAGUUCUUGUUCCCAUCCUUUCAAUUUUAUUGGUUUGUUUCCGGUUUGAUUUCUAAAUUGCCAAUUCGGCGAGACAACAAAAUACAAGUGGGAACUCGAAAACCAGAGUGCCUACUCAAGUAUUUCAUUAGCACUUUAGUAGCCUCUCCGUUUCUCGACAAAUAUUUUAUGCAUAUCAAAACCGAGUAG